CAUCACUUUCCCGAAAGUCCGCAUUCCGCGGUCGGCCGGGUCCUCCGGGGGCGCUGCUGCGCGUCCCGGGGAGGGCGCUCUAGCCGACCCACUCGAUGGCAGGCGCGGCCGCCAGCCCGUGGGCGCCGCCAUGUUGGAAGGUGGGGGAAGCGAGCGCCCGGCACGCCGCCGGGGAUGCUGCAGGUGCGGCCCGGGCUGUACCUGGGCGGAGCCGCGGCCGUCGCGGAGCCGGGCCGCCUGCAGGGGGCGGGCAUCACGGCCGUGCUGACGGUGGACUCGGAGGAGCCCAACCUCCAGCUCGAGGGCCUGCGGAGACUCUUCGUGCCCGUGCUGGACAAGCCCGAGACCGACCUGCUGAGCCACCUGGACCGGUGCGUGGCCUUCGUGGACCAGGCCCGCGCCGAGGGCCGCGCGGUGCUGGUGCACUGUCACGCAGGAGUCAGUCGAAGUGUGGCUGUAAUGACAGCUUUUAUCAUGAAGACGGACCAACUUACCUUUGAAAAAGCCUAUGAAAACCUCCAGACUGUAAAACCAGAGGCUAAGAUGAAUGAGGGGUUUGAGUGGCAACUGAAAUUAUACCAGGCCAUGGGGUAUGAAGUAGAUACCUCUAGUGCAGUUUAUAAGCAGUAUCGUUUACAAAAGCUUACGGAGAAGUAUCCAGAACUGCAGAACUUACCUCAAGAGCUUUUGGCUGUUGACCCAACCACCAUUUCACAAGGAUUGAAAGAUGAAGUUCUCUACAAAUGUAGAAAAUGCAGGCGGUCUCUAUUUCGAAGUUCUAGCAUUUUGGAUCACAGUGAGGGAAGUGGUCCUGCAGCCUUUGCCCACAAGAGGAUGGCAGCGCCCCUCAUGCCGGUCACAGGGAGCCAGGCCCAGUGUACGUCCUAUUUCAUUGAACCUGUACAGUGGAUGGGAUCUGCCCUGUUGGGGGUGAUGGAUGGCCAGCUUCUUUGCCCCAAAUGCAGUGCCAAACUGGGUUCUUUCAAUUGGUAUGGUGAGCAGUGCUCCUGUGGUAGGUGGAUUACACCUGCUUUUCAAAUCCAUAAGAACAGAGUGGAUGAGAUGAAAACGCUGCCUUUGGGAUCACAAACAAGAAAAAUAGGAACUUGUGACCUUUGACAGCUCAGAAAGAAACUUGCGGGUGAUACCUUAGCUUCUUGUCAUUCAUGGUAGAGCGUCUGGUUGUUAGGCCAUCAGCAUUUCAUUUGCAAUGUGGGAAGAUGCGAUCACUUGAUAUGACUGGGAAACUGUUUAGGUGGAAUACUCAAUAUGGAAAUCAAAACUUUGUAAUCAUGAAAUUAUACUUUAUUUGAUAUAAAUCUUCUAUGACUCAGAUACUUUGUUUCAUAUUUUAAAGAAUUCUGAUUUUUGGAAUGUUAGUUAUGUGAUCUUGAGGUCUGGAUGGACAAAAGUCUGUACAAAAAUUGGAAACUAUCAUGUUUAAAUAGGUAUUCUUUUAGUUUUAGAAAUGUGAAGUAGACUUGUUUGAAUAUAUUUUGAUGUUUGUUUCUCUUUCUCGCUUCUAAGAAACAUUAAUCUGCGUGUAUUUGGAUCUUGGAAAUGUGGAAGGAAAAACCAUUAGGAAAACACUGACUAAAAUUUGGUUUUCCUAUUACUAUUCAGGAAUCCCAGUUACCUAAAUUUUUAGAAAAGAGUAUUUAAGGUACCUUUUAAAGUAAUCCACUUGAAGUAAUGUAUUAAUGUGAAGUUGUUUCCAAUGGUAAAGAAAAUAAAUGUGGAGUAAUUACACGCAACUGCCUUUUAAGCCUGCUAUACUAGAGUGCUGGAAAAGGUAAGAUGUCCAGAUUAGCUUUUUUAACACCAUCUCUGGAAACUGGAAUGUAUUUUACUCGAUACCAAUGGUUAGAAUUGGACCUAAUUAGAUACCUGAACACUUACAUGAAACCAGCAUUGGGCAAUAAAGAGAAAUAUUUUAAGACAUAUUGCAUAUUUACACAUGUAUCUAUUGUAUAUAGACACCAAAAUGGACAUUAUUUUAAAUGCAAAAAAAGUGUGAAAAUGAUCCUCUUAAAAAAAUGCCUCGUUUAAUUCGUUUAAUUUUUGAAAUGUGUGGGAGUGUUACAGAUGAUUCGUGAGACAGAUUCUCAACACACGGCCUGAAGCCUUUGGCAACUGUCAUGAUUUUUUAUGAGAAAAACUUUCUCCAUUUCUUAGCUGUCACAGUAUCUGUUCACCUUUUUGCUUCAUUAUACUUUAUCUAGAAAGCUUUUUAAAAUACUUGGGUUGAGCCAUGUGAAAUUGCUGCCUUUGUAGGUAAAAUGCGGCUGAGUUACAGCAGUUCAUGUGGCUCACAUUAAUACGUAACAUCACAUACUAGCAUCUAGCAGAGAAAAUUACUUAGCUUUUAUUUGAAUUUACAUUUGUCAAUUCGGUAAAUGCUUACUGAGCACCUAUUGUGUGCAUAGUUCUAGGUGAUACUGUGAACAAACUAGAUAAAACCCUUCUUGUAAUUCAUAUUCGACUUAGGAGAAAUAGACAAAAUAAUACAUGUUUUGAAAGAUAGUUGGUAUGUGCCAGUGAAGAAUGAUUUGGGGGAAACUUGUCUUUAUGUAAAUUUUGAAAUUUUAUGAAACGUCCACCAAACAAAAUUUUCAGAUUUAAAGUCCUUUACUGUUUCAUUAAAAAAAAAAAUAAAAUAAAUGUGUAAAACAAAACUAUAAUACAAUGAAAAAAAUAUCUUAAUGACCUCAGGAGCCAGAAGGAUUUCUUUGGCGAGAUACAAAUAGCAGAGAUCACCAAUAAAAGAUUGAUAUAUUUGACUUCAUUGAAAUGAAAACUUAGAGGACAAACCCCCACCCCAAAGACAAGUGUCAACCUAGGAGAAGGUAUAUGCAACAUAUGUACGAGUUAAAUGAGCAGCAAGCUAUCUAUAGACGUACACAUCGCUGAGAAAGAAAAUACCAUAGUGAAUUUGAUAAGACAAGAAUGGGCGGUUCGCAGAAGAGGAAAUAAGGUACAGUAAACAUGAAAAGAUGCAUCACGUCUUUGUCAGGAAAAGGUAAAUUAUAGUCCCGCCCUUCAGUGCAAAAAAUGCAGACGCCUGAUCAUAUCUAGUGUUGGUGAGAAUGUGGAGCCGAGGGAACUCAUCACUGCCAGAAAGGGUGCAAAGGGACAUAAUUUGGCAAAUAGUAACUCUCCUACCCUGAGCCAGCAUAUGUCUCCCAGACACUUGCAUGUGUGCACAAGGAGACUCAUACAAGGACGUGCUUUAUGUAACAGUAAGAACUGAAACAAUUCAAAUGUCCAUGAGUAGGGAGGGAAGUGAAAAGAGAAAUUGUGAUAUAUAGGUAUAUUCAAGGAAAUACCCUAUGACAGUUCAAACACGGAUGGGUCAUCAAAAAAUGAGAAAAGUGGAGGACAGAAUAUACCUUUAUGUAAAUUUAAAAAAACCUCAAACAGCACUAAAUGUAUGCAUCUGUAAACAUGGUAAAAGUAAAAAUGGACUUGAAUGAUUCCUAUAGUGUUCAUAAUAGUUGCUUCUGUGGAGGGAGGGAAAUGAAGUAGAGUGGAGGAAAAGCAGAGUUCAAUUUUAUCUGUAAUGUUUAAUUUCUUACGAAAAAUCUGAAGCGAAAAUGCAAAAUGUUAAUGCUUCUUACUGUCUGGUGAUAGGUAGACAAAUGCAUGUUUCGUAAUUAUCAGCACUUUUUGAAUAAAAGACAAUUUUUGAGAAUUAAAAAAAAAAAACCUCCCUGGAGUUCGGUCAUGGUGAUUUUUAAAAGGACUAAGGUGUCUGGUGGAUCGAGAAUCGAAGACUCUUGCUGGUUUUAUUUUAGUUUUUAUGUCAGUGUUUGAAUUUGCAGUGAGGUGAGAAUAAAAG